GUGCAGGGCCCGGCGGUGCGGAGGCCCCGGGCCGCCAGCGCAGCCACGCCACCGGGGAGUGACUUCCACCCAGGAUCGCGGAGGGCGCAGGCCGUUGGCGCGUGGCAGGCGGCGCGGGCCUGGCGUCCCCGCGCGUUCGCGGCGCCCCGUGGCUCCGGCUGGGCUCAGGUGGGCCGGGCCGGGCGCCGCAGAUCGGCGCGUUCCCACGAAGGCUAGCCCUCGGAGCGAGGGGGAGGGACCAUCGGAAAGACGUGGAACGAUCCGCGCGGUGUCAUCGGCAGGGCCCAGGCUCCUCGCCGCCGCCACCGCCGCCGCCGCCGCCGCCGCCGCCGCCGCUGCUGCUGGGGAUUUGCUGCCGGGAUCCGCGCUGAGCCUCUGCGCAGCCCCGAGAUUAGCAUGACACUGGGUGGCCGUCCCGCUUCCUGCCGUGCCAACGCGCAGCGCGCUAGUCCCCGAGCCCCGAUGGCCCCGCGCGCGGGCCGAUCGCCGGGCUCCGCAGCCACCGCGGCCCCGUGAGUAGGAGUAUGCCUGCGGCGGGGGACCCACGCGUGUCGGCACGCGCCCCCACCCUCCCGCGCCCCCGCCAGCCUCGGAAGGAGGAAGCCUGACGCGGGCGCCGCGGCCGUCAGCACCCAUUGGGCUCUUCCUGCGUUGUCGCAGCGGCGGUCCCGGUGCUCCCGCGCGCGCCCCCCGUUCGAGCCUCUGGAAUGAAGACUGCCUCCCGGGGACUGCGGGAGAGGCAGAGGCAGUCAGCGCCGGGGACUGCGGGCCUCGCGGCUGGGAGGUCCGGGGGGACGCGGCUCAGACGCUGUCAUCCCCACGCUUGGCGUUGAAGCCUCCCGGUACGGUUGAGGCUGCCGCCACCCGGUCAAGCUGCCCGGGCGUGCGAUCCCGGGUCGGCCCCCGGAGGCCUAGGCUUCCUCAUUUGUUUGGGUCUUUUGUGCUGUGGCGCACAGUUGGCUAAGCACUCCUGCGCUGAAUCGGGCCAUUGUCUGCGCUCCCAUUGCUUCCACGCUGCAAGUCUCGGCGCCCCCACCCCGGCCGCCCCCUCCCGGCCGCCGAGCCUCCCAACGUGCCUUCCCCCCAGGAAUCUGGAAGCUGGAAGCCGGGAGGAUUGCAAAUGAAGUGGAAUGCAUUGUGGGACGAGUGUAAAAGCGGAGCCUUCGCCGUGGGGGUGUGGGGGGGCGUGGGGAGGGCCGGACCUGCCGCUGGCGGUGUAGACACCGACGAGAAGAGGGGCUGGGGGAAAAAUGUGCGCAGAGUCCUCCCGGGUCGUGACCGCGGUAGACGGAUGAAGCAGCGCGCUGCGCCCCGGCGCUGAGGCCCCACUGUCGGGGCACCAGGGUCGCCCUUGCCCACCAUGAAGAAGACCCGGAGCACAACCUUGCGGCGAGCCUGGCCUAGCUCGGAUUUCUCGGACCGGGCCUCGGACCGCAUGAGGUCCCGCAGCGAGAAGGACUACCGCCUGCACAAGCGCUUCCCCGCGGCCUUCGCGCCCCAGGCUUCUCGGGGCUACAUGACAUCAGGUGAUGUGUCACCAAUCAGUAUGUCCCCCAUCAGUCAAUCUCAGUUUAUUCCACUCGGGGAAAUCCUUUGCUUGGCCAUCUCGGCGAUGAACUCUGCAAGAAAGCCUGUCACCCAAGAAGCGUUGAUGGAACACCUGACGACAUGUUUCCCAGGUGUUCCAACCCCAAGCCAAGAAAUUCUAAGGCAUACCCUAAACACACUGGUCCGGGAGAGGAAAAUCUACCCGACUCCAGAUGGCUAUUUCAUUGUGACCCCACAGACUUACUUCAUCACUCCUUCCCUCAUAAGAACUAACAGUAAGUGGUACCACUUGGAUGAGAGGGUACCUGACAGGUCUCAGUGUACCUCUCCACAACCCGGGACCAUAACGCCCUCUGCCUCAGGCUGUGUCAGGGAAAGGACAUUACCCAGAAAGCACUGCGACUCUUGCCACUGCUGCCGAGAAGACGUGCACAGCAUGCAUGUCUCCACUCUGCAGAGGAAAGCCGCCAAGGACUGCAAGGACCCCUACUGCCCUCCGCCGCCGCUCUGCCAGGUGCCGCCCACUGAAAAAAGCAAAAGCACUCUCAAUUUCUCUUACAAGACAGAAACGCUCUCAAAACCGAAAGACGGUGAGAAGCAGUCCAAAAAAUUCGGCCUCAAGUUAUUCCGGCUGAGCUUUAAGAAAGACAAGACCAAACAGCUGGCCAAUUUCUCUGCCCAGUUUCCUCCCGAGGAGUGGCCCCUCCGGGACGAGGACACGCCGACCACCAUCCCCCGGGAGGUGGAGAUGGAGAUCAUACGGCGCAUCAACCCGGACUUGACAGUGGAGAACGUCAUGAGGCACACGGCACUGAUGAAGAAACUUGAAGAAGAGAAGGCUCACCGGAGCAAAGCCGGGUCCUCGGCCCACCACAGCGGAAGGAGUAAAAAGAGCCGGACUCACCGCAAGUCCCACGGGAAGUCUCGGUCCCACAGCAAGACUCGAGUGUCGAAAGGAGAUCCUUCCGAUGGCUCACAUCUGGAUAUCCCAGGGGAGAGGGAGUAUGAGUUCUGCGACCCUCUAACCAGGGCCCCCAGGGAAGGCUGCUUUAUCAUCGAACACAAAGGAGACAACUUCAUCAUGCACAGCAACACAAACGUGAUCGAGUCCCAUUUCCCCAUGACGCCAGAAUGGGAUGUGUCGGGCGAACUGGCCAAAAGGAGAACGGAGAUGCCCUUUCCCGAACCGUCCAGGGGAAGCUCCCACUCCAAAGUGCACCGAAGCCACAGCCAUACCCAGGAUCGGAGGUCCAGGAACGAGAGAUCCAACAAGGCCAAGGAGAGAUCCAGGUCGAUGGAUAACUCCAAAGGCCCUCUGGGCGCGUCUUCUCUCGGGACUCCGGAAGACCUGGCAGAAGGAUGCAGCCAAGAUGACCAGACCCCCAGCCAAUCCUACAUUGACGACAGUACUUUAAGGCCUGCGCCGACUAUUGCUCAUCAAAGGGCUCACAUUUCUCCUGUCAGCUAUAAAGAGGUGUGCAUUCCAGAAAUAGUUGGUGGCAGCAAGGAGCCUUCUAGUACAUGUAGCCUUCUGGAGCCAGGCAAACCCCCCGAGAGUAUGCCAUCCUACGGGGAACUCAACCCCUGCCCGACAAAAACAGCUGUGGAUGACUAUUUCCAGUGCAACACCUCCAGUGAGACUGUGCUCACAGCACCGUCUCCUUUGGGGAAGAAUAAAGAGGACCAUGACACGUUGACCCUGGUGGAGGGGGUAAAAAAGCUGUCUCCAUCUGAGAGGCAAACCCCUCAUUCUUCCAGGGAGCCUGUUGGGCACAAGGAGGAGUCACCAAAAGGGCCAGGUGGGGGCCCUGCUACCUCUGGUGGUGUGGCGGAGGGGAUGGCCAAUGGCCGCCUGGUCCAACAUCACAGCGCAGAACCCAGCAGCCUGGACAAAAGGAAAGAAAUAUUCAGCAAGGACACACUGUUCAAACCCCUGCACAGCACCUUGUCUGUAAACAGCUACCACAAAUCCAGCUUGUCCCUCCUCAAAUCUCACCCGAAGUCACCUGUCGACACACUGCCAGGCCGAUGCGACAAACUGGAACCUUCCCUUGGGACGUCCGUGGCCCAAGCCAUGCCUACGUCCCAGCGCCAACAGGAGACUGGAGGGAACCAGGAGGCCUCUUUUGACUAUUACAAUGUCUCUGAUGAUGAUGACUCCGAGGAAGGGGCCAACAAAAACACAGAGGAGGAGAAAAACAGAGAUGAUGUGGGCACCAUGCAGUGGCUUCUUGAGAGAGAGAAGGAGAGGGACUUGCAGAGGAAGUUUGAGAAGAACCUCACCCUCCUCACCCCAAAAGAAACUGAUAGCAGCAGCAACCAGAGAGCCACCCAUUCAGCCCGCCUGGACAGUAUGGACAGCAGCAGCAUCACAGUGGACAGUGGAUUCAACUCCCCACGCACUCGGGAGAGCCUGGCUUCCAACACAUCAAGCAUUGUUGAAAGCAACCGCCGUCAGAAUCCCGCUUUGAGUCCGGCCCAUGGCGGAGCUGGUCCAACCUUCAACUUCCGUGCCAGUACGGAUCCCCCGACCAACGAAGCUGAGAAAUUACAGAAACCUUCCAACUGCUUGCAAGCUUCUGUUACUAGUGUAUGAUUGUCCUCCUGCCUCGGACCUUCUGUCUCGUUCGAUACAGCAACGUUUACGACCAUUGGGACUGAUGUUUACAUCUCUGCAAAGACAAACAUCUCAAGCACAGCUUGGGGGUCACUUGAGCUGUGCCGCUAAAGUAGGCUAGGGCAAAAACAAAAACAAAAAUCUUUAUUUCAGAGUAUUGCUUUUCACAUUUACGGCUCUGUAGCAACCGAAUAGCAGUAGGGGAGAUAUGUAUACUUCUGCUUCACUAACUAUAUCUGAGCACACAUAGGCAAGUCUAAACACUGUAAGUGGAACAUGCAUUUUUCAAUGUCAUGCAGUUGCCAAUUCCAUUUUGAAAUGCCACAGAUGUGCGUUGCUCCCAGCCUAGGGGGAAUGGGGCCAGGGAACGAAUCCUUGACAAUGCUCCCCCCCCUCAAAAAAAAAAGCCAAGUCACAACAAAAUGUAAAGGUAAGGGUGUCCAUCGUGAGAGAAGUCAAUGCCAAACUGAGCAGAAGGGACCCCAGCCUUUUGUGUGUGAGCCCUUUCAAAACCAGUCAUUUUCCACUGUGAGUCUUCAUGACGCUCCUGCAGGAGCCUAUGGGAGUGUGUCAGAGGGGGUUCCGAUGGGAGUCCUUAGAGUGUUUGUUUUCAGGAUUCUGUUUUCCGGUGCACUCCAUGCUUGUCUUGAGUUGUUUAGCCUUCCAUAAUCACAAACAGGAAUAUUGGCCUUUGAAGUGGACAAAGGAAGGGAAAUCCGGUCUCGCUGGGGUGCAGCACUGAGUGAUGGAGAAGGUUGUGUGGACUUUGGGGAGGGAUGAAUCGGAUAUUGAAGAAAGAUACUCCCUCCCUGUGACACUUAGGUCGAGCUAUCUUACUAUAAUAGAUGCAGUGAUUAGUUUGUUUGGAAGCAAAAUGUUCUUUAUGAUACAAAUGAAGAAUGUGGCCUGAGGGUGUUAUUCUUUCUAAUGGAAGGGACAUAAAUCUAUUUUAUGUAGUUUUAAAUAGAAUGCCUAAAUUAGGCUGUGGGAGAUAAUUUUUAGUGGUUGUAGGAAAGAGCAAAUUUAGGGAGAGUUGAAGGUCAGGCCUUUUAUUCCUGGGAAGAUAUUAUAGAGAAAACCUUUAAAGUAAUUUUUGAUUAGAAAUGUACAUGGGCCCAUAUAAUAAACAGCAGAGUGUCCUCAUUCUGCUGGCAUGGUAUAUCCUUAAUUUGUACUCCCCUAAAAUUUAUCAGAAUGACAAUUAUGCAUACAUGAACUAUGCCAGAGUAAUGUUUACAGAUACUUUGUAACAAUUUUGGGAGGCGUGUUUUAGGUGGAUUGGGUGGUCACUCACUCAGCGUCUUUUAAAAUGAUUUCUUCACACUCUACUUUGGUUUGCAAAGUCACGCUCAGUAUCAAAAGGCUCCACAGCAGGGGGAACCACUGACCAACACACUUCAGUCAGACAGGAAAGACACAUUUCAAAAGCAGAAUAUGCAGACGAAGAUGUAUACCAUAGGAUUCCUACAUCUGUAGGCCCUGGAAAACUAUCUGCACAAAGGUUACCUCUGAUCCCAGUAUACAGUCUGACAUGAAGUUAUAUUCAGUUUAGUGUCAGAUGCUUUUCGGAGUCAUGGAUCAUAAGUGAAUUCAUAAAUAACUUAAAAUCAAUAUAAAAUAUUUUCACCCAAGAUUUCAGUGAUGAGCAUAAAUUUGCCAGGGAUUUUCUUUUUCUGUGUUAGGGUUAAUCACUAGGAAUGCAUUUCAGGAAACACAGUCAUAUGAUGUGGCUGGAAAUGUGUAUGCUCUCACAUUUCGCCCCUUUGGAAGUUACAUUGGGUCCAACUGGGCUCCUCAACUUUCCUAUAGUAAAUGACUUUUGUGUGCUUCUUGUAGUGACACUUAAGCACAGUUCUCAGUGUGCUGCUACAUCAUUGAAAUGCUUAAGCCAAAUGGGUUUGAAUCUUAUACAUUAUUUCCUCCCAGGCAUGCCUCAGUUACUCAAAAACAUAUUGUCUCAUUACUUAACUAUGUCCAGAAAGAGCAGCCUCAUAUCUGGUAUUUUCAUAGUCUGUUUGCUCAAGCAGCUGUAUACCAUACGAUUCCUGGAUCUGGUCUGUCUAAUUUUUUUCUAAAAACCUGCUCUCAAAUUUUUGGCAUACUCAGUUCAUUAAUAAUAGGACCAUUAAAACAAUACAUUAGUCUCUGAUAGACCCUUUGAACAUAGCCGUUGAAGGAACCUAGUGCUGUGUGAGCAGGAAAGGACAUAAUUAUGUUUAAGAGAAGCUUUGAAACGUGCAUUUUUGAUAGUUCACAAGAAAUAGGUUUACAGAAGACCUUAUUCAAAUAAAAUGUGUACGCUAUUUGCCUAAUCACUAUGGGGUACAUGAUUAAGAAAGAACCAAACAAAAGAAUCUCCCUUAGACCAGCAGCCAUUAGCACAGAAUGAUGGACUUCAAGGAUGAUAUACCACAUAAACAGAUAGUCUGUGGAGAAACACUCUUGUCUGGAUCUAAUCUGGAUUCUUGAACGGAGUGAUAUUGGUGGUGGGGAGCACAUGAUAGGUAUGACAAGUUCAAUGUGUCUAAGAUGGUCUCAUCAAGAUGAUGAGACUCCUGAUGCCCACAGCCUUGAGGCCCUACCCAGACUUUGCCAGUACUCUUCUCCACUGGAACCACAGCUUUGUGUUACGUGACUGCAUGUCUAGUCUUAGUGUUUCUCAAUGGAAAGGUUUACAAAACUGAAUCUGGUUGAAUCUCCGCAAGGCAUUCAACUCUAAAGGGUCAACACAUCUGUCGGCAUUUUGCACACAUCUAUGUAUUAUUAGGAUACAGCGUAUUAUUUUAUGGUAAUUUUUAUUUUUACAUAUAACUACCUCCAUGAAUUUGAUGAAAUGGCAGCAGUGUGUUCAAGUGUGUUCUUCGGAAAAGCAAUGUUGAAAACAUGCUUCAGCAGUAGGCCAUGGCAUUCCGUGUGUGUCGGUGACUUGUCCAUUGGACUCAUGACUUUCUCCCUGCCCCAGUUUUUCAUUCAUAACAUUCUUUGGCUUUCAAUUGUAAACCUGUUGUCUUCUUUCUCUCUCCUUUCUCCCCCAUGAAAGUUCAUUUGAUUUGUUACAAGUGAAUGAACGCUUUAAAAUUAUUGUCUUCCCCACUCUUCCAUUCCUGCUACAAGAAAAAAAGAAAGAAAGAAAGAAAGAAAGGUCCUUUUUGGCAAAGAGCCACUUGGUAAACAUUUGGGACAUUAUUAAUUCCUAUAAGAAUUGGAUUGGGUUGCUAGGGUUUUUUUUUUUUUUUUCAGUAACAAAAUACAUGUGAGAAAUUCGGACUGCCAACUGGAAGCACUUUGGGCCUCCCUGCCUUUAUCAUAUGCUACCCUAUGGAGCCCAAACUUCCUUUUUAUUAAAAGAGCUGUGCCAUGCAUUCUGAGAUGUCUGUUAAGUAAUGUGUAUACCAUUUGAUACAUUGUGCACGUCUCAGGAGACCUUAAUGAGUAUGUGAAAGGGGUCGUAUGUGCACUCAAUAGGGAAGACAAAUAGAAGAGCUGGAAGGAGAUAAUAAAUGCCUGUGUCUUUGGUGUUGAAGAAGCCAAUUCAGGAAAUAUAAAUCAAAAGGGAAUCUGAAGGAGCAGUGAUUUGAACACCAGCUGUUCCUACAUGUCUCCUUUUCAAAACUCAAUCAAUAUUGUUAAGAUGCACAUUUAAGUUCUAUUGUGGCCACCACAAGACAAGAACGGUGGUCCAUAGGAAAGCAUAAUUUCUUCUUUAGGUUGACACAGCUUUGUAAAGUUCCAUCCAGAAUUUACCACUGGUCACCACAAAGUGUACUUGAAGAUCGAGUUUGUAACUUGAAUGAAAGGCAUAAUUCUCACAAAACCAGAGCGAUCGUCUUACCAUUUGGAAGGGGUAGCAUUCUGAGCUUACACUAACACCCAACAACGGGUAAUGUUAUGCAGCUCAACCGGGGAUCUCAAAGUGCUUCCAAAGCAUUAGAUCGUACAAUUCCAGAGCAGGUCCUGUGUGCAAUGCCCAUGCUUGACAGGGGCAAACAAACGGAGUGAUUCAAGAUCACCCAGAAACACAGUGGCAGCUCUCAAUGACCAAUUUUCUAUCUGUUUGAUAGGCCAUCAUGAGAAAUCACUACAAUGCUAUUUUUCUGAUGUGUGCUAAUAAAGACAAGUUCAGCUUGACACCUUGUCCAUUUUCAUUCAAAGAGUUAUGGCUGUUUGGAAUCUCAACACCUCAGCACACAUUGCUGGUAUUGGUUAUGAAGUGGGAGAUGAGCAAAUCCAUACCAAGGCCAUUGCCGUUCAAGGCCAAUCCAGACAUCCACCCCUGUUUACAGUUUCUUAUUGGUUUUCUGUGAUUCUUGUAAACCCCAUCAUCAGGAACAUUGGCUGCUCCAGGCAGUGGAAGGUGCUGAAACAGUUUUUUUUGUUUUGUUUUGUUUUACUUUAAAAUCUUUCUAGGCACUCUUCACAGUGCUCAGCUGAGUAACAUUUGCUACAGUAUAUCAAGCCCUGCUUCCUAAGAUCUGGGAAGCUGGUUCAGUUCCAAGUGUUUCUCAAAUUAAGAGACAGAAGGUCUUUGAUACCUGCUUUCUCCAUUCCCACAGGCCAGUCCCAGAUCCAACCAGCACUGUCAGACCACAGUGGACCCAAGCAGAAGUGACUGAAUCUUCCUUACCCACCCAGUAACAUCCCACCCAUUGUCAAAGCCAUCCAAUAAUGUCCUGUGAGCGAGGGACUCCUGGGUCCGUGUUUAAGGCUUGGGGAAGCUAGAAACAAGAAAAAUGAAUGCAAAAAGCCAUGGGAGGCAUUGUUUUUCUUCGGGUUAGUUAAAUAUAGUAGGGAAGGGGUUGCUCUUAUCUGAGCUUUGCCAAGAAAUAUAAACAAACCAGCUGUCACUGCAUCUCUCUAAGAAGGUGUUAUAGUAUUAAUGAUACAAGUGAUAUUUUCCCAUGGAAUUUUCUCUAGGAUGCAUUUCAUAAAUGAUACAUAUGAGACAUUUCGUUAUUAGAUCUCAUGUGUUUGUAAAAGGCACUGGCUUCUCUCUGAUUGGCAUCUGUCCCCUUCCCUUGCCUUGCAUCAGCAACGCAGAAGGGCUCCCCCGCGAUAGCUUUCUCUGACACACACUCCUGUGUCCUUACUGCUGUUCAUUGACUUAACAGUUGAUGACUUGCAGAAUUUAAGCUUCGAUAAAGCUCGAGGGGAGCUAAGCCUUCUUGUGAUUGUAUUCGGACAGUAAGAGGCCUUUGCUCCUUGUUAGCUUCGCCUGUGAACGCGCCCUCCUGUGAACGAGGAAAAGGGUGUGUCCUAGUGAGGCAUCAAUGGCUCUAGAAAGGCCCUAAAUGGCAGGUUAGAGCUUGGCUGGACCUCGGACAGCCGCCUACCUCCCUGUCCCAAGGCUGAUCUUGGUACCUCCACUCUCUUGCUCUCGCCUAAAAGAGGUAUCAAAUCUGAGACCCGAGCUCUCCUCCAAUCCCGGUCCUCUACAGCUCCAGGACAUGCAUCACAUAGAACACUCUUCCUCCCCUCUGAGGGUCACCCUCUCUGCCUCCUUGCCCUCCCCCACCUAGAUACCUACACCACCACUGUUUCCACAUUGGAAGGACAGAAUACUGUGCAGUAUUGUGCACGUGUGCCAGUUAGGAGUAAAACUGCCCUAAGGUCACCUUCAUGGAAGCAUCAACAGCUACAGAUUCAAAGUGCUUAGAGCAGGGACAUCAGUACCACUAUCUGCAAAAGAAUUCAAUCUGGGCAUCCACGUUUCGAGGGAUCGCGAUUCCGCAGGUGUCUUUCUCUGAGUGACUUAAUGUGACUAUUACAUUAGGGGUCAAUGAACUAAGAAGUGCAAGCGGGAAUCACUGUAUGUUAGGAAGGAGUUUUGCAGCCAAGACUGCCUUGAAUAAAAUGUUUUUGCACUGAAAAAAAAAAAAACAAACCUUUAAAUGACUUGGUCUCUGGUUGCUGUAAAGGUCAUCCAAGAUGGAUGUUCUGUUUAUAUUGUAUAGUAUUUCAUAUGAAAUAACUGCAGUUCAUGAAACGUCUUCCCUAAUGUUACUGAUUUCUAACAGCACAUUUGUAACAUGGUUUUUAUCGUGUCCGUGUACCAUAUUGUAAAUGAUGAUUCCUUGUCAUGCUUAGUAUAAUAACUUAAAAGGAAAAAAAAGGACAGGGAUUUUUGUAAGUCUAUAUUUGAAAGUCCCUCCAUAUGGUAAUAUUGUGUUCAUGUUGUUUAUGUAGUGUUGUGUGAAAUAUCCAUUUUGGAUUGUGUUACUUUUUAAGAUAUUAAAUAACAUUUGGUUAUAUGUGUAA